UGGACGUGGUCCUGGCUUUCUGCUACUGAGUACAGUCGUGGGAAACAGGAGGACCGCAGGAGACAGCUAAGCCCAGGAAAGGGGGAUGUCAUCAUCAUGGCACCUGCAUCACUGAUUCUUUUGGGGGCCACAGUGAUACUGCAAGUAGACUUACUUCCUGAUAAAAAAUUUUUACUUCUCCCACCUGUCAAUUUCACCAUUAAAGCUAUCAAUUUAGCUCAAGUUCUUUUACGCUGGGAACCAAAUACUGAUCAAGAACAAAGAAAUGUCCAGCUAGGGUAUCACGUGAAAAUAAAUGCUCCACAAGAAGAAGAGUACGAAACCAGGAACACUGAGAGCAGACGCGUAACCAUCCUUCAUAAAGGCUUUUCAGCAAGUGUGCAGACGGUCCCAUGGAACGACCGCUCCCUCCAGCCAAGCAGCUGGGUUUCCGCGGAACUUAGAGCCCCACCAGGGUCUCCUGGAACCUCAAUUGUGAAUUUAACUUGCACCACGAACACCAAGGCAAAUAAUUACACACACUUACGGCCGUACCAAGUUUCUCUUCACUGCACCUGGCUUGUUGGCAAGGAUGCCCCUGAGGAUACGCAGUAUUUUCUCUACUAUAGGUAUGGCUCUUGGACUGAAGAAUGCCAAGAAUACAGCAAAGACACCUUGCAGAGAAAUAUCGCCUGCUGGUUUCCCAGGACUUUUAUCAAUAGCAAAGGACGCGACUCACUUGCAGUGUAUGUUAACGGCUCAAGCGAGGAAGCUGUGAUCAAGCCUUUCGAUGAGCUCUUUGCCCUUCAUGCCAUUGAUCGAGUAAAUCCUCCAGCAAAAGUCACAGCAGAGAUUGAAGGAACCUGUCUCUCUAUCCAAUGGGAGAAACCAGUUUCUGCUUUUCCGGUCCAUUGCUUUGAUUACGAAGUGAAAAUUUACAACACAAGGAAAGGGUAUUUGCAGACAGAAAAAAUGACGACCAAUACAUUCAUCUCCGUAAUUGAUGGUAUUUCUGAGUAUUCCAUUCAAGUGAGAGCAGCAGUGAGCUCUGUGUGCAGAGCGGUGGGACCCUCCAGUGAGUGGAGUCAGCCAAUUUAUGUGGGAAACAAUGAGCAGAAGCCCUGGACAAAAUGGUUCCUUAUUGCAGUUAUGGCAACCAUCUGCUUUAUCUUGUUAAUUUUCUCACUCAUCUGCAGAAUAUGCCACUUAUGGACCAAGGUGUUUCCACCUGUUCCGGCACCAAAGAGUAAUAUUAAAGAAUUCUUUGUAACCAUCAACUAUGAGAAAACUGAUUCCAGUGAAACACAAAUUGAAGUCAUAAGCUAUGCGGAGGAGGCUGGAUCUGAGACCCUGGAGGACUCCGUGUUUUGACUGUCCCUGGAGCAUUGUCAAAACCAACUCACACUCACGAGCCCCGGGGAUAAGAAUGGGAACAACUGUUUCUUGGCUAAGAGGAGUUUGGAGUUUACCGAACACUCAAUUUAGCUGCAAGGGGAAAAACACCCAGACAAAUCCCUAACUCACACAGGUUGAUUGAUUCAUCUGACUGUCCUGCCAGGUCUGAUCUCUGCACAGGGCAGCACCUCCUCACCUGCCAGCCUCCUGAUCUGCAUCACUCACCUCAAACACUUCUGCACGAGAGACAGUUAUUAAGGCUAACAUCAACUGUGUUUACUCUGGUAGUGCCACGUUGACUGGUUCAACUGCCAACGGUAACGAUCAGCUAAAAUCUCAGGAAGAAAGCAUUUUGCACCAUCCUGGAGUGAAUAGUGAACUUGGAUUGAAGACUGUCUUCCCUAUAGCAAGUGGGAGCCAUGGUGCUUUUAUUCUGAGUUCGGGAAUACUUUUUCUUUCAA